CAACGAUCCAAGCGGGGCGGGGCUCGUGAACAGCGAAAUCGAAAUAAAGGAUCGUGCAGAAAUUUCUUUUAAAAUAUCACUUUCCUUCGCGAUAAUUUCAAGGUCAAGUUCGCGUCAUGCCGAUCCGCCGAGCAGCAGCGACUCCUCCGGCCCAGGAGAAGGCUCCCUCCGCGGCUGAAGAGAGAGAGCCAGAAGCCUCCGACGAGGAGUCGCCCUCCCCCGACGAGGAGCAGGCGGCGUCUUCGGCUGCGGGAGCCGAGGACGGGGAAGGCGAGAAUUCGGGCGACACUCAUCCCGACAAGAACGAAGACGACGCCGAAGAGGAGGGAGCGGAGGACGAGAAGAAGGAUGAGAAAGAUGUGAAAUGCCCGGACUGCGAGGCUGGACAGUGCACAACACACUGCUUUGUUCUCCUACUAAGGUUGAAGGAUGGCUACAAAUAUGAGAAAUCCAAAACCAAGAAGGUGAAACGGACAAUUCCUGCAUGGGCUAGCGUCACCGCAAGCAAAAACAUUCCCGUUACCAACUAUGCAGGCACACAGUGCAGAGUGGAUAGCGUCCUUAUCGAAGCUAUAAUGUCCUCUAAGGACAAGGCGGGAAUUUCCUUCCAGUCGCUCAUGAAAUAUAUUCUGAAAAAAUACCCGAACAUGGAGCUCGACAAGAAGAAGAAGUUUCUCAUCAAGAAAGCCAUGAAGAAACACGUGGAGAAAGGCACGGUCAAACAGCUGAAGGGUAAAGGCCUUUCAGGAAGGUUUGCCAUCGGAAAGAAGCCGCCGCCGUCAAAGAAAGGUCGCCAGAAGCAGGAGUCUUUAGGAGAUGCCCUUCCUCUCAUCUUCACUCGACUCUGUGAGCCCAAAGAGGCUUCCUACACCCUGAUCAAGAAAUACUUAAAGCAGCAUUUCCCAAACUUCAACAUUGAAAACAGGCCGGAUGUCCUGAAGACGGCUCUGGGGAAGGCCGUAGAAAAAGGACAUUUGGAGCAAGUUACCGGGAAAGGAGCACAAGGAACUUUCCAGCUGAAGCACUCUGGGAAAGAUGCCCAGCUGAAGGGCAGCACCUUGGAAGACGCCAUCACCGUCGCCAUCGUAGCCAUGAACGAGCCCAAAACUUGCAGCGCAACGUCUCUUCGCAAGUAUCUCAUCGACUCCAACAAGGACGUAAAGGAGCACCUGGUUGUGGCCAACCUGAAGAGAACACUGACCAAGUGUAAAGUCCUCGGCUGGAUGAAGGUUAUUAACGAAGUUCAUAUGUUUUCAUACUUUGUGUAUCCAUGUUUUAAAGUCUUAUCUUUUGUUUUUAGUCCUAAAAUCCUGUACCCAGACAACUUUAAAGAGCUUCCAAAGAAACCAACUCGACGCAGGCACACAGCUGACUCUUCAGAUGAAGAGGAGGAGGAGGAAGAAGAUGAGGAGGAGGAAGAGUCGGAGUCAGAAGAUGAAGCUCCUCGAAAGAGGAGAUCAAAGGCCCUUUCGCGUACAAAUCGACGCCCUCCACCAUCCAAACGAGCCCAGCGUGCCAGUCCAUCGAAAGCUAAAAGCCGGGGCCGCACGCCUGCUAAAAAGUCUCCCGUCAAAGCAGCAGCUUCCUCGGCCAAGAAGGGAGGAAGGAAACAGUCGGCCGUUAAGAAGGAAUCCACAGCAACCCCUGUCAAGAGAGGUGCGCCUUCAAGAAAGCCUAAAAAACCAGCAGUUAAAAGACUGAGCCAACGGGCCACCAAGAAACCCGUGUACAAGGAGUCGAGCCCCGAACCCGAGGAGUCUGAGGAGUCCGAAGUUGAAGAGGAGCCAACGAGGGGCGGGUCUAAACGGGCCAGACGCGAGUCCUCACCAGAUGAGCCUGAGGUGGAAAAGGAGACGAAACGAGGCGGAUCCAAGCGGUCCAAACCAGAGUCGUCCCCCAAAGCGCCCAAGGCCGAAAAGGCGACGGCAAGAGGCGGGUCCAAAAGGUCCAAACCCGAGGAGACUACCCCAGAGGAGCCCCCAGUUAAAAAACAGGCAACCAAAGGCGGGUCCAAACGUCACGAGCCAGAGUCGAGCCCGGAGAAAGCUGAUGUCAAAAAAGAGAAGAGCAACAAAAAGUCCCCUCGAAAGUCUAAGAGAGGCAAGAACUGAGACCGUGAGCGCCUUCCAAUAACUGGGCUGUGCUAAACGUUUAAAUAUUUUUUCUAUUUUUACCAUUGCUUUUUUGUCCCCCUUUUUUUUAAGAGGGCAGUAGUUUUAGUAGUUCAAAGGUUUUUUUUUUUUCCUAUUACUGAAUAACAGUGUUGUUCUAACAGUUAUGUUAGCUGUACUUUGAAGUUCGGUUGUCUUUUUUUUUCCUUCUUUUUACCCUGAUGUGUAGAAAAGCUCAGUGUUGCCGUUAAAGCUGCCAGCGUCAGAAAGGAUGGCAAGAUUCAUCGUUCAUACUGUAACUAGAGCCGUGUUGUGACUUCUGUUUGUACAUGUUCUUCAUCCACUCAGUAGCUACUGGCAGCACACAUUCCUGAUUUCAAAGGAACGGUUCUGGAGUGGGCCAAGUGUUCAAAAUUUAAUAAGUUCAAAAUGUUAUUGUUAUUAUUAUUAUUAUUUUCCUACAGCAUAAUUUUAGCCCGUUAUUCUG